CUCUGCCCCCCCCCCCUCCCCCUUUGCCCAUCGCUGAUCGGCCCGUCCUUAUUCCCCUGUUGGUAGGCAAUCCACCCCGUUUGCCAACAUGCCCCCUCCGAAGCGGCGGCAGUCGACGCGGCGUACCCCGUCGUCGUCAGAUCUCACUGCUAGCCAGGCUGAGCGCAAGCAGGCUCGCGAGGAGAGGCGCAAGGCCCUCCUUGAGUUGUCUGGCGCCCCAUCUCCCAGCGCGACCUCUUCCUCAAUCGAGUCUACCCCCUCCAGUUGCCCUCUCGAUGGGGAGGGCGAUGAUGACAUGAAGGCCUUCGAGCAGCGGCAACGGGAGCGGGCAGAGAAGCGUCGGGCCCGUCAGGCCAAGAUUCAGGCUAUUUCCGGCGAUGGUGAUGCCGAUGCCGACGGGCCGACUGGCAUCUCUUCCCGUUCGGCUGACACCAUUGUCAUGGACACUCGGAGCCCUGAGCCAGAGCCUGUUGCAGAGCCGGAGCCUGUCGCUGAGCCGGAGCCGAAGCCGGAGCCUGUUGCGGAGCCGGAGCCUGUUGCGGAGCCGGAGCCUGUUGCGGAGCCGGAGCCGAUUGUGCAGGCCAAGUCCGAGCCGGAGCCCGAAGCCAAGCCCGAGCCGACUGUCGAGGAGGACACUCCCGAGGCUCGGAUUGCGGCUCGCGCUGCCGCUCGUGCUGAGAUGCUUAGCGCCGCUGGCCUGGGCCCUUCGCCGACUGGGUCUGUCACGACGUCCCCUGCCCUGAAGCCUGAGCCAGAGCCCGUUGUCGAGCCUGAGCCGGAGCCGGAGCCUGUUGUUGAGCCUGUUGUUGAGCCUGAGCCUGAGCCUGAGCCUGAGCCUGAGGCCACUGCCGAGCCUGAGCCUGAGCCUGAGCCCGUUGUUGAGCCGGAGCCGGAGCCGGAGCCCGAGCCCGUUGUUGAACCCGAGCCCGAGCCCGAGCCCGUUGUCGAGCCGGAGCCCGAGCCUGUUGUUGAGUCUGAGCCUGAGCCCGCUGCCGAGCCCGAGCCCGUUGCCGAGCCCGAGCCCGUUGCCGAGCCCGUUGCCGAGCCCGAGCCCGUUGCCGAGCCCGAGCCCGAGCCUGAGCCCGUUGCCGAGCCCGAGCCCGAGCCUGAGCCCGUUGCCGAGCCUGAGCCCGAGCCCAAGCCCGAGCCCGUUGCCGAGCCCGAGCCCGAGCCGGAGCCCGUUGUCGAGGCUAAGCCUGAGCCGGCUGCCGAGAACAAGCCCCAGGUCAAGGCUGAGCCCAAGGUUGCUCCAACCAAGCCACUCUCCGGUAUUGCGGCCCGGAUUGCUGCUCUGAACUCCGGCGAGGCCGGUCCUUCCGGUGGGAUUCCCACAGGUGGUGCUGCCCCGCCCUCCAAGAUCAGCGCUCGGGCGUCCAUGUUUGAGUCCCGUGCUGCUGAGACUACUCCGGCCCCGACUCGCGCCGCUGCUUCCUCCUCCGUGACCCCCCAAUCGGAGAUUGCCUCUCGCCUUGCCUCCCUGCGCUCUACCGGUGCCGCUAAGACCGAGCCCGUCAAGACCGAGCCCGUCAAGGCCGAGCCGGCCAAGACUGAGCCCGCGGCUGAGCGUCUGUCGCAUGCCUCUCGGCCCGUCGGCCCCCGGGGCCGCCGGGCUCCGACAGCCGACGGUCUGAAGGAGCGUGCGGCCCUGCCGGCUACCCUGCCCCCGGAGCCGACCUCCUCGACCAGUGAGAUCGAUACCUCCAGCCAGAGCGAUGGGUCGAUUGCCUCGCGCGCCGGGAUGCUCAACCAGUCGACCGGUGGCAAGCCGCCCGGCGUGCCGCCCGGCGCUUUCAGCAUGUUCGGUGGGGCCCCCCCUCCGAGCAUUGUCAGCCGGAGUAUGGCCGCUGCGGCGGCCAGCGCCGAGGACGAGUCUUCGACCGGGGGCGGCGCGCGCAAGCCCUUCCGCCCGCCUCCCGGCGCCGUGUCCAUGAUGGGCGGCCCUGGGCUGAUGGCCGCGGCCAUGGCCGCCGGCGGGGCGUCGCGUCUGCGCCGCGCUGGUGGUGCUGGUGCCGACCGGCCCCAGUCGAUGUUCGUCGAUCCGGCGGCCUUGAACAACUUCCUGGCCACGAACUCCGCGGCCCCGGCGCGCAAGUCCACCCACGAGCCGGUUCUGGUGCGCCUCCGUGGGCGCCGGUCUCUGCCGGUGGUUGUCCCGCUGGAGGUGGCCUCCCUGUCGCAUGCCGGGGUGUAUGUCAUGGUGGUGGAUGCCGAGCAGGCGGUCUUCGUAUGGCAGGGUGCUCGGUCGGCCCAAGUCCGCCGUGCCAAGGGCCUGGAGUUUGCCCACCGCGUCAAGGACCAGGACUACUCCGGUCGGGCGGUGGUGACCGUGGUGUCGGAGGGUGGCGAUGGGGCGGAGUCUCGCCCCUCGCGGACCUUCUGGCGCCUUCUCGGGUCCGACUCGGCCAGCGGGCCGCGCCAGGUGGACGAGGCCCCGGCCUCCGGGCAUCCCCUCGAUGAUGACGCGGCCUUCGACAAGGUCCUGGCCCUGGAGGAUGGGGACCAGGCGCCUGCCGUGGAUUCCGUCGAUGCCAGCGGCACGGUGACCCGUGUGGCCACCGGCUUCCCGUCCUUCUCUCGGUCGCACUUGAAGGCCGACACGUCCAUUGUGGUCCGGAUCCCCGGGGGCGAGGUUUUCCUGUGGCACGGUCGUUCGGCGUCGGAGGAGCAGAAGCGCGCGGCGGCGGCUCAUGCCACGUCGCAGCUGGGCUCCGCUGCCCCGGGGCGCGGGGUUCUGCUGGAGGAGCCGCGCGAGGAGCGGUGCAUCUUCCGCGAGAAGUUCGCCGACUGGAAUGCCCCGCGUCGGGUGGCGGCUGCUGGUGGCGGCGGGUCGGGUGCCGCCGGGGCGGCUGGCAGCGCGGGUGCCGCGUCGCCCAUUGGUGGCGGCCUGGCCGCCGGCGAGUCGGUCUUCAUCCCGCGGCUUCCGCAGCAGGGGAAUAUCAAGGCCGUCGACAAGACCUUCAAGGUGUAUGAUCGUGGCUCGGAUGUCGGCAGCAUCAGUGCCAUUGACAUCCCGACCAUGAUCAAGCCGGAGAUCAUCCCCUCGGAGACGCCGCUCUUCGACGUCCGUCACCAGGGCAAGGGUACCAUCCUGCGUGCUUGGGCCAUCGUCAACAGCGAGCCUGCCGAGUUGACCGCCGAGCAGAUUGAGUCCUUCCGGGAGUUUGGUUCUACCGACACGGUGAUCUUCCUGUUUGAGUUCCGCGCGCCCAAUCGCGAGGGCCCCGGGGACCGUCCUGCCAGCGUCAUUUACUACUGGCUGGGCUCUGGUGCCAAGACCGGUGACACCGGCACUGCGGCUCUGUUCGCGGCGGAUCUCGAGCGCGAGCAUGGUGCCCCGCUGAUGCGCAUCGUCCAGGGCCACGAGCCGGAGGACUUUGUGGCCAUCUUCCGCAGCCGGAUGGUUGUCCGCGAGGGGUCCUUCCAGGAUGCCGACAGGAAGAUGACCGCCCCGGGGUCGGAGGCCCGACUCUUCCGGGUACAGGCUGUUGGCACCGGGCGCAUUUGCAAGGCCGUCCAGACGCCAACCACUUCGGCCGAGGAGCUCUUUACCGGGGCCUCUUUUGUUUUGCUGACGCCGCCGACCGGACCGGUGACGGCUCUCUCGGGACCGACGGUCACCGUGUGGCAUGGAGCCGGGGCCUUUGAGUAUGAGCGGACGGCUGCCGAGCGGAUUGCCCGCUCGGCCAGUCUCGACGGGUCGAUGACCAUCCUGACGGAGGCCGACACGGCCUCCAACGCCGGGCAUGCCUUCUGGUCCAAGGUGACCGGUGGUCACGCCUCCUUCGCCGGGUCGCUGGACUGGCAGCGCCCGCAUGCGACCGCCAAGGCAGCCGCCUCGGCUGGCGAGUAUCGCGUGCGGCUCUUCCGCCUUUCUCACAUUCGCCACGGCAACCCCACGGCCGAGGAGAUCGAGCCCUUCAAGCAGUCGGAUCUGGCCAUCGAGGGUGUCUACUUCCUGGAUGCCUUUAGCCAGGCCUUUGUCUGGGUCGGGCGCGGGUGUGUGCAGACCAUUCGCGACUUGAACCUGGCCAUCAGCACGUCGCAGAACUAUGUGGACCAUGUGGAGCGCCAUGAGGCUGGGCGCUUGUCGCGCGACCGGCUCUUCAUGAUCCACGAGGACCAUGAGCCGGCCAACUUCCGGCGGAUGUUCUUCAAUGGGUGGCAGCCGUGGACUUCUUCGCGUGCUGGCAGCAUUGCCCCGGUGCACAUCGCCGACUUCGACCGGUCGCCGAUGACCGUGGACCAGGUGCAGCGGGACUUCUUCGAGGCCAAGUACUCGCCGGCCGUCCUGAUGGACUUCCUGCGCUUGCCGUUCGGCGUGGACCCUGCCAACCUGGACCACUACCUGAGCGAUGCCGACUUCCAGGAGAAGUUCGGCAUGUCGCGCGAGGAGUAUGCCAGCCAGCCGAAGUGGCGCCAGACCAAUGCGAAGCGCAAGUCCGGCUUCUUCUAA